ACACUGGUAUGGCCGAUGCCAAGAAGCAGCUGCAGGAUGAGAUGCUGAGGAGGGUGGACGGAGAGAAUCGCAUCCAGACCCUCAAAGAAGAGCUGGAGUUUCAGAAGAACCUUCACUCUGAGGAACUGCGGGAGACAAAGCGGCGUCAUGAGUCUCGAAUGGUUGAGUUGGACAACGGUCACCAGCAGGACUUUGAAAGCAAGUUGGCCGAGGCGCUGAUAGACAUGCGUAACCAGCACGAACUGCAGUUUAAAAUGUACAAAGAGGAGAUUGAGAAGACCUACAACUCUAAGCUGGAAAAUGCCCGUCAGUCAGCGGACAGGAGCAGCCACCUGGUUGGAGCGGCACACGAGGAGCUCCAGCAGACACGAAUCCGCCUGGAGUCCACGUCCACUCAGCUCAGCCAGCUGCAGAAACAGCUGGCGGCCCGCGAGGCAAAGUUAAGGGACCUGGAGGACGCCCUGUCUCGGGAGCGGGACACCACCCGUCGCCUGCUCGGGGAGAAAGACAGAGAAAUGGCUGAGAUGAGGCAGCAAAUGCAGCAGCAGCUGGACGAGUACCAGGAGCUCCUGGAUGUUAAGCUGGCUCUGGACAUGGAGAUCUGCGCUUACAGGAAGCUGCUGGAGGGAGAGGAGCAGAGGCUGCGCCUCUCCCCCAGCCCCCCGCCCACCAAAGUCACAGGAAGUCGCUCCUCCACCUCAGGAGCUCACUCUCGAUCAGUCCACCACUACAGCGCUCACAGCUCUCCUGCCAAGAGGCGUCGCCCCAACGACACUGACAGCGAGGCCUCGAGCAUCGCAGGAGGAGCUGUGGCCCGCACUCGCAUCACCCAGCAGGCCUCAGCCAGCGGACGGGUCACUGUGGACGAGGUGGACCUGGACGGGAAAUACGUCAGACUCAGCAACAAAGCAGAUGAGGUGAGAAGAUGA